UUUUACAGAGAGCAUUCUCCCUCCAUACAGCACAUUCCACAAAGGACAUGGAGAAUUUUUUUCAGUUGGUGAGAAACAUUGUGCCUGCUCUGACCUCGAAGAAACACAAAGGGCAAGACGGAAGAAUAGGCAUAGUCGGGGGCUGUCAAGAGUACACAGGAGCACCAUAUUUUGCAGGAAUCUCAGCUCUGAAAGUGGGUGCAGAUUUGACCCAUGUGUUCUGUGCCAGGGAGGCUGCACCAGUGAUCAAAUCCUACAGCCCAGAACUGAUCGUCCACCCAGUCCUUGACAGUUCUAAUGCUGUUGAGGAGGUGGAGAAAUGGCUCCCCAGGCUGCAUGCCCUUGUCGUGGGACCUGGCCUAGGUAGGGACGACCUUAUUCUCAACAACGUCAGGGGCAUUUUGGAAGCAACCAAGGCCAGGGACAUCCCUGUUGUCAUCGAUGCGGACGGCCUGUGGCUGAUAGCUCAGCAGCCGGCCCUCAUCCACGGUUAUCAGAAGGCCAUUCUCACCCCCAACCGUGUGGAAUUCAGCAGGCUCUGGGAAGCUGUGCUCAAUGAUCCUAUGGACACCCAGAAUCACAGUGGAUCUGUACUGAAGCUCAGCCAGGCCCUGGGGAACACCACAGUGGUCCAGAAAGGAGAGCAUGACCUGAUCUCUAAUGGUCAGCAUGUGCUUGUGUGCAGCCAGGAAGGCAGCGGCCGCAGGUGUGGGGGGCAAGGAGACCUCCUGUCGGGCUCCCUGGGUGUCAUGGUGCACUGGGCCCUCCUUGCUGGACCACAGAAAACGCAUGGCUCCAGCCCACUACUGGUGGCUGCCUGGGGUGCUUGCACACUCACAAGGGAGUGUAAUCAUCAGGCCUUCCAGAAGUACGGGCGCUCCACGACUACAACCGACAUGAUCGCCGAGGUAGGAACUGCCUUCAACAAGCUCUUCAUGACCUGAGCCUGUGCACACUGAGGGGUGCCCCAGACUGUGUCUUCCACAUGGGCCCCACCGCACCAGGUUAAUGCUGGGUCUUAGCCUAAACUAGCUGGCAGAAUUUAGGACAUAAUCGUCCAUCCUGACUGAAAUGAGUUGAGAUGUUAUGACACUAAUCUGGUCUUGAGCCGUUUUCUUGGCUUCUCAGCAGUAGCUGAAGAGAAAAUGAGAAUAAAGAUCUUUCCAGCAGCUCGCACUGAGAUAGCA